CACCUCGAAAAACAGCGCAGGAAACAGGCUACGUCGGCUUAAAAGGGGACCAGGCACGGGGACGAACAAGAUGGGGAACUCAAUGUCAUGGUUUUCCGGCCUCCUCUUCUCAAAGAAAGAAAUCAGAAUCUUAAUCCUUGGUCUUGACAACGCCGGCAAAACAACACUCCUCUACCGUCUCAAGAUCGGCGAAGUCGUAACAACAAUCCCCACAAUUGGCUUCAACGUCGAGUCAGUGACCUACAAGAAUCUAAAUUUCAACGUGUGGGAUCUGGGCGGACAGACCUCGAUCCGGCCGUACUGGCGCUGCUACUACGCCAACACAGCGGCGGUCAUCUUCGUCAUCGACAGCACGGACAUCGAGCGACUGGGCACGGCAGCCGAGGAGCUCGCCGCGAUGCUGAACGAGGACGAGCUCAAGGACGCGGCGCUGCUCGUGUUUGCGAAUAAGCAGGACCAGCCGGGUGCGAAGGGCGCGGGGGAUAUCAGCGAGGCGCUGAAGCUGGGCGAGCUGAGGGACCGCAACUGGAGUAUUGUGGCGUGCAGUGCUGUGGAUGGGAGCGGUGUCAGCGAGGGCAUGGAUUGGUUGGUUCAGACUGUGCAGGCGGAGUCGUGAUGGGGUAGGAUGGGCGAGGCGUUGGUGGGGGGGUGGAAAUGUAUGAUGAAAGGAUAGAUGAGGGCUAUUACAGGGGCAUGGGCAUAUAUAUACCACACUGCGCUCAAGUAGCAACAGCUACUGUUUGAAUCAGAUGACGAAAUAAUAAUAAUCUACGUUUAGAUCGGAUAUUUCAUGUGUGCCGCCGAGAGUACCACUUCACACUUUUGGGAGGCACGCGUAUCUUUGAUACGUGUUGAAAAUAGAGAUACGUGUUGAAAAUAGAGAUACGUGUUGAAAAUAGAG